AAACAUGGCGCCGCGCUGCUCCUCCGCCGCGGUUUGCUCCGCUUUCGUGCUCGUUUUCGCCGUUUUCCUCUCGUUUGCUCCACUUCCAGCGGCUCUGACCUGGACUGCGGGCUGUGCGGUGGCUGUGUGCGGGGUCUCGGUGCUCUGUCUGCGGCGUGGAGACAGCAGCACCCCGCGCCGAGCCUGCGUGCUGGUGCUGGGGGACAUCGGGCGCAGUCCUCGGAUGCAGUACCACGCUCUGUCCCUCAGCAAACACGGCUUUAACGUGACUUUUGUUGGAUUUUUGGAUUCUAAACCUCAUCCUGACGUGCUCCGAGAGGAAAAGAUUCGGAUCAGGGCCAUUUCUGAAGUCAGAGGAAUCAGAGUUGGACCCAGACUGUUGGCAUACGUGACCAAAGUGAUGGCUCAGAGCUUUCAGCUGCUGUUCGUUCUACUCUCCAUGGACCUGCAGGCUUUUAUUCUGAUGCAGAAUCCUCCUGGGCUGCCGGGCAUCGCAGUGGCCUGGUUCGUUGGUUUGAUUCGCGGUUCCCGGUUCAUCAUCGACUGGCACAACUACGGCUACAGCAUCAUGGCCCUGACCCACGGAGAGAGGCACCCCAUCGUACGACUGGCAAAGUGGUAUGAACAUAUGUUUGGACCUUUGGCAUCUCAUAAUCUCUGUGUGACGAAUGCCAUGAAGGAAGAUCUGCUCAAGAACUGGGGCAUCAGAGCCGUGACGCUGUACGACCGCCCGGCCUCAGUGUUCAGAGAAACUCCAGUGAGACAAAAACACCAGCUCUUUAUGAAACUCAGUGAGACGUACACAGUCUUCAGACACUCACGGUCUGGAGAUGAGAGCAAAGACGUGGAGCAGACGGCAUUCACAGUUCACAAUUUAAAUAAAGAAACGGUGGAUUUAAAAGAGAAGAGACCGGCUCUCCUCAUCAGCAGCACCAGCUGGACAGAGGACGAGGACUUCUCCAUUCUUUUGAAGGCUCUUGAAGAAUACGAGGCUCUGGUCGAAGGAGGAGCGUCUUUACCGCCUUUAGUUUGUGUCAUCACAGGUAAAGGCCCUCAGAAGCAGUUUUACGUCUCCCUCAUGGAGUCUCUGUGUCUGCAGCAUGUUCAGAUGUGCACGCCCUGGCUCGAGGCGGAGGACUACCCCGUCCUACUGGGUUGUGCAGACCUGGGUGUGUGUCUGCACCUCUCUUCCUCUGGUCUGGAUCUGCCCAUGAAGGUGGUGGACAUGUUCGGCUGCUCUUUACCCGUCUGUGCCAUUCACUUUAACUGUCUGCACGAGCUGGUCAAACACGACGAGAACGGCCUGAUUUUUAAAGACUCGCAUGAACUCGCUCAACAGCUGCAGACUCUGCUGUCGGACUUCCCCUCAGCGCUGGAGGGAAAACUGGCCUCGUUCAGAACAAACCUCAGACUGAACCGAGGCCAGAGCUGGGACCUCAACUGGGAUCAGAAUGUGCUGCCUCUGAUCCAAAAACCACACUGACCAAUCUCCACUCAAAUCAUUAAAAAAAACACUGGAAUUUAAGACAAAGGGCUGAAAAUCUGGCUUAUCUUCUACCAAGAACUAAAUAGACCAUAAUCCUUUGCUCUGCCAAACUGCUGAACAGUCUUGGCAAAACAAAUCUCCAUGGAGACAAACCCUCCACCAGAAAAGCUGCAUAGUGUGCACAGUGAAAAUGUAUUUGUUCAAUACAAAUGUUCAACAGAAGAAACAACAAGCUGCUAAGCCCAGAGUGGUACUGCACUGUGAAUGGAGAGUGCAAUGAACUGUGGAAGUGUCUUGCCCAAGGACAAACCACAGUAUGAGGUUUGAACCACUGACUUCCUGGUUGUCCUGCAAGUGCCUAUCCCACUGCACCCCCUCUGUCACUCUCAUUCAUGAUAAUGGUGAAGAGUUCAUCAAAUGCUUUUCUCUAUGGAGAGUUAUUGCUUUGUCUGGAAUGUUCCACAGUAUUGCAUUAAACCUUUCUAUCCUCAUGGAGACCAAACCAGACCAAGUUACAGGUCAGAUCUGUGGAGAGACGAACCCACUCAGUUUUUCUGAGCUAUAAAACCACCUGUAAUUGAAUAAAUGUAAGGUAGAGCUGUUUAAUGUCACACUGUGGGACAUUUCAAGUUACAAAGUGCACCUUUAAACAACUGUUAAAAGGAUUUUGAGAACCUGAAGGCCUCAUAUUUUGUAUCUAAAUAUAAAUGUAUUUUUAUGUCAAUGUUACUUUGUAAAGAGCUAAAAUAUGACCAAAGAUACUGGUGUAAAAUAAUAAUGGUUAUAAGAUUCUAAGUAUUUUUUAAUGACUUUGAUACAGAAGCAAAUGUGUAAAAUAAAAUCUUUAAUGUUA